AUGCUAACGGCAAUGAUAGAGACUGGUUCUAAUACUGAAAAUGUUAAGGAAAGUGACAAUAUAACUAUUGAAGAUAAGAGGUCAUUAAUUAGGCGGGAUCCCUCAUUCUCCAGCUGGGGUGAAGAGAAUGGGAACUUACAGCCAACUCUAUUAGAAAAUCAGGAUUUGAACUCAGAGGACUUCAAUUUUGAACAGACUUUGGUACAAUGGAGUGGGUUAGAAAAUGCAAAUUUAGGGGGAGAGAGACACCAUUCUAGUAAGCUUCAGUUAAGGAUGGAUCGUAGUAGUGAUGUGGACGAUGCAUCCACUAAUGAUGUGAGAAACAGGAAAGAGAAUUAUGAGCCCUUUGGUGUUGAAAAUAGUUUAAAAAAUGAUCAGAGAUAUUCCGGUAUUGGGGCAAAUGGCUAUGAUCAUAUGGAUUAUCAUGAUACAUUGAGGUCAAAUUCGAAGAACUCUAUUUCUGUUGCUGAUAUGCUGAAAACUUUGUUUUUUAUACUCAUGUGGUACACAUUCAGUACAUUCUUGACACUGUAUAAUAAAACUCUAUUAGGGGAUCAUCUAGGGAAAUUCCCUGCUCCCUUACUGAUGAAUACUGUCCACUUUACAAUGCAAGCUGUUUUGUCAAAGGCCAUUACUUGGUUUUGGUCUGAAAGAUUUCAACCCUCUUGUAUGUCAUGGAGGGAUUACGUUGUAAGAGUUGUACCGACGGCUCUCAGUACUGCAAUGGAUAUUAAUCUGAGCAAUGCAUCCCUUGUUUUCAUCUCUGUUACUUUUGCCACUAUGUGUAAAUCAGCAGCACCAAUAUUUCUUCUUAUUUUCGCCUUUGCAUUCAGAUUGGAGUCUCCAAGUGUUAAGCUGCUCGGCAUCAUGUUAGUCAUCUCUGUUGGUAUAUUAUUGACCGUUGCAAAGGAGACCGAAUUUGAGUUUUGGGGUUUUAUCUUCGUUAUGCUUGCUGCUGUUAUGUCCGGUUUUCGCUGGACAAUGACUCAGAUCCUUCUUCAGAAAGAAGUAUAUGGUCUCAAAAAUCCACUCACUUUAAUGAGCUAUGUGACCCCAAUAAUGGCGAUUGCAACUGCUCUACUUUCUCUUAUAUUGGAUCCAUGGCAAGAAUUCAGAACGAGCAAUUAUUUUGACAGCUCAUGGCAUAUUGCAAGAAGUUGUUUGCUGAUGUUGUUUGGUGGCACUUUGGCUUUUUUCAUGGUAUUAACAGAAUACAUUCUGGUAUCAGUAACUAGUGCGGUUGCCGUGUUCUAUUUCCAUGAUGAGUUCACCUGGUUGAAAGGGGCUGGUCUUGUGACAAUAAUGGUUGGUGUCAGUUUAUUUAAUUGGUACAAGUACCAUAAGUUGCAGAAGGGAGUCACAAGUGCAGAUGGAAUGGGAAGUAUAUCAGCAGAUAAUUCACCAUCGAAGUAUGUUAUUCUCGAUGAGAUGGAUGAGGAAGAAGAUAUCCUAUAA